GACACUGCGUGCCAUGCCUGCAAUACCCUUCUUCCCCCGCUGCGCCGCUGCACCUUCGCAUGCAAAGCGUGGACGAUUAGAACGCUGCCCAAGGAAAUGUUGGAUUUGAGGAUAAAGGUAGGAGGGUGACGGCUUGACUCACCGACUUGUAGUAAUGAAACGGACCUGCCGAGUAUUCUCGUGUUCGCCGUUCGUACCAGUCGGAAUCGUCUGUAGUAUAUGGUUUCUGGUGCUCUUGCAACAGCACUCCGCGCUUCAAAAGAGCAAUAAGACGGCAAACUACGCAAGCGGCACCAUGGCUCUACCAUCGCUACGGAAGACUUCCCCAAGCGCGCAUGACAAUGACACACACCCGUUUCCGAAUAUGUACAAUGCCCCCCAGACCAACCUGGACGUUGUGCAGACGAAAGCUGCACGAACCUUUCCUGUCGAUGCCGUCUUCAACGGGAUACCCCUUCGCUUUAAACCCGAGGCACCGCAGUCGUCGGUACACUGCGUCAAGAGCAAUGCGAACGACAAGCCCGCAUGGAUGUUUCGGAGUUGUCAAUUCCUGAAUUUAUGUUACGAUCUAUCGGAAAAGGACUACGUUGUCUUUCGUGAUGAUGCGCAUCCUAGUCAGCCACUUCUAGACAAUCGGACGCAAUAUAUGUCUCUCGGUGGUAUCAACCCCCGAUGGGAUAGUCAGAAAGGCUUCGACAAAGGUAGUUGGAAGAUGGAAUGGUUCCCUCGCAUUAAACAGCCGAUCGAUAUGGAAGGAUACUACGAGCUGCCAACGAACCUUGUUUUGAUACCGUUUCAUUCUCUGGCGGCGCACAACGUGGGGCAUUUAUUGUGGGACGACUUUUACCCGAUUUACACGCUUCUUCGGAUGUUCAAUCUGGAGCGUCAGCCUUUACUCCCAAUACGCCAUCGCGUGGCCCACGUAUUGUACGCCAACUGUGAUAUCCGUUACAAGAACCGUAAACGCUGCAAGUCCAAUUUUCUCAGAUUCUUGCCACUCUUAGGAGUCGACCCUGCCACCUUUACGACUUCAAAAGAGACAGUCUUUAACUCUACAGACGGUACGCCGCCGAAAUCACGAUACGUGUGUGCUGCUAGGGCAGUUGCAGGAUUGGGCACGCUGACUGAUCACGGCUUUCGGGAUCACGGUUGGAACGAUCGUACAGAAGAUGGUCCACCGCACAACUUGGGGCGGGGCGCUUUAUUUCGCGAUUUUCGGGAUUUCAUGGUGCAACAUAUGUUGGGUACGUCGGGCACUACGGACCAACCAAUGCACCCGUAUAGGAUUCGCUUCUCCCGCGAAUCGUCUCGGGAUUGGUCACGUCGUUUGAACUUUACCCAACAGAUUACUCAUCUCGAAGGCUGGUUGGACGAUCCCGAUGUCUCUGUAGAAGUAGUAACUUUGUGGAACAUGUCGCUGCGAGAACAAGUCGAGCUAGCCGCCUCGACCAGUAUUUUUGUAACUGCUUGUGGAGGUGGCUCCAUGACCGCAACGUUUUUGCCCGUUGGGGCUACACUAAUUGUUUUCUAUGAUCCUCUACGAGCUGACGCACAAGCCAGCCAGGUUGGACUGGGAUCUAUUGAACAAUGCCGCACACAUCCGGGUGCAUUGGCUGCCGGUUUCGACCAUGGACGAGGAGGAUGA